AUGACCAACGCCGCCUCCGACGAGGACGGCGGCCCGGAAACCAGUCCGGCCCAUCCAACCUUGAGUGCCACUGUAAUCCCUGGUCCAAUAAUCGUCGGUGCCGGCCCAUCUGGCCUCGCCACCGCCGCCUCACUCCAUCUCCUCUCUAUCCCCUCCGUCAUCAUCGAACGCUCCGACGGCAUUGCCCAUCUAUGGCGACACCAAAGCUACGACCGUCUGUCUCUCCACCUUCCCAAACAAUUCUGCGAGCUUCCUCACCUCCAUUUCCCCUCCCACCACCCCAAUUACCCUUCCAAAUCCGAUUUCGUCUCAUACCUCGUCUCCUAUGCUCACCACUUCGGUCUUCGGCCACUGUUUCAAUGUGCCGCUACGGCGGCACGGUUUGAUGAGACGGAUUCUCUGUGGCAUGUGGCGGCUGCGCGGAGAUGGCCGGAGGGGAGGGAGCAGGUGGUGGAGUUUGUGUCGCCGUGGUUGGUGGUGGCGACAGGGGAAAAUGCAGAGCCGGUGGUGCCGGAGAUGAAGGGGAGGGAAGCGUUUAAAGGUGGAGUUUUGCAUUCCAGUGAAUAUAAGAAUGGAGUAGACUGUAAAGGGAAGAGGGUGUUAGUUGUCGGUUGUGGUAAUUCUGGAAUGGAAAUGUGUUUGGAUUUGUGCGAGUAUGGUGCAAUGCCAUUCUUAUCAGUUAGAAGCGGAGUGCAUGUAUUACCGAGAGAAUUGCUUGGAAUCUCUACUUUCAGGCUAGCAAUGAAGCUGUUGAAGUGGCUUCCAGUGAGAUUAGUGGAUAAAAUACUAGUAUUAUUGGCGAGGAUGGUAAUUGGAGAUACAGGAAAGUAUGGAUUGAAAAGGCCUAAGAUAGGGCCACUUGAGCUCAAGAAUGCUACUGGAAAAACUCCUGUUUUGGAUGUUGGAGCAUUUAAUCUGAUAAAGAAAGGAAGUAUUAAGAUAGUAUCAGAAGUGGAAUCCCUUACAAGGAAUGGAGCCAAGUUUGCUGAUGGAAGAGAGAUGGCUUUCGACUCUGUCAUUUUUGCUACCGGUUACAGAAGCAACGUCGCUCACUGGCUCAAGGACUGUGAUUUCUUCUCAGAUGAUGGCAAGCCCAAGUACCCAUUCCCCAACGGCUGGAAAGGAGAGAAUGGCCUCUACUGCGUUGGAUUUACAGGCAGAGGACUCCUCGGCGCCAGUAUUGACGCAGAGAAGGUAGCUCUUGACAUUGCAGAUAGAUGGAAGAAUCUCUAAUCUAAAAAACCAGUAACAAAAGCUGGUUUCUUUGUUUUAUGUUAACUUAGAAGUUUAGAAUGAAGCAGGUUUAGCUCGCUCCAAGCAUACAGUUCUUUUUGUUCCCUUUCUUUUCACUGUACAAGGAGCAGUAUUGUAUUUUUAAUUUUUUGUGGGUGGGUGGGAGGUGAAAGGAGCAGAAUAGCAUAGUGUUGCAUGGUCCAUAUUUUGUAUCAGGAGAGAGCAGUGCUAAGCACAGAGAGUGAUGUCAAUGUGAGCUUGGCUUUUGGUUUCAAGUGGUUGCUUCCGCCUCUGUUAUCAGUCCUUUCCUCCUUCUCUGCUCCCCAAAUUCCAGUAGAUUUGGGAGGUAGUGGUUGAUGCUCUUUGUCCUGUAUUUCAGAGAGCAAUGUGUGGCUUUUUGUGUA